CUCCCAAACACACACAGCAGACUGACAGUAUCCAAGCAGCGGCUACUGAGACACACACACGCAUGGAGUGAGUCUCUUGAUGCAGCCACAAGAAGGACCUCAUUAUCAUUUUUGGAGUAAACGCAUUUUCGUCAUCAGGAGUUUUUUUUUCAUUACAGGAUUCGCGUCAUUGCAAGCCGUGCACGCAUUCCUCAGCAGGAUUUGCGCAUCUCCAAUCCCAAGUUCUUUUCUGCUCUCCCCGAGAUCGCUGUUUGAAUUUUCCUCCCCAGCAGAAAGCUCUCGUAGUCAUGCUCGAGCCGCGACUGGCGAAGCCUUUCAUCUGAAAUUUUUGUAUUUGGAAAAAAAAAAUGGAACAACAGCUCUCUAAACCAGAAUGCAAAAACAUGGAUGCGUGUCUGAGGCGACUGAAGCAAGAACUGCUGUGUAUGAAAGAAGCCGGAGAUGGCCUCCACGCUCAGAUGAAUUCAAUGAUGGGAGCCCUUCAGGAACUCAAGCUCCUUCAGGUUCAGACAGCAGUAGAAAACCUCGACAUUUCUGGUCGGCAUAUUAACCGAGGACUCCCACAUCCAGCUCCGACAGCUCCUCCUGAAGCAUUAGCAACAGUGGCUUCAACCUCAGGCAAGGGUCACGGGUCCUGCUUUAGCCAAAACAUGCUUGAGGAGGCCAGCCCGAGUCCGAUGCCAAGUCCAAGGCCGUCACGGGAGAGCAGAAACACCUUCAGCCGUGAUGACAAGAGCCUGUCUCGAAACAGAAGCAGCCUGGGAACAUCAUCUUCCUCAGCAUCCAGCCUUGAGAGUGAAAGCGAGGGAAGUGAAAGAAGCGCACAAAGCGUGACUGACCUUGAGUCUAUACCCAAAAGGUGGUCAGGAUACUCCGCCCCGCAGGUGGAUUUCUAUGGACCAAUCGUGGGAAACCCUCCACCGGAGCCCUACCCUCAGCCACAGGCUUCCGGUCGAGCUCAGGCGGUGGACCUUCCUGGGAUCCUGUACAGCCUCUCCAGAGAAGGCCCUUCUUUGGACAGCGACUACUCCCAGGACAGCACAGACGAUGCCAGCGACUGGACUUCUUCACUCAUGAGCCGCAGCCGCAACCGUCAGCCAUUAGUGCUUGGCGACAACGUCUUCGCCGACCUCGUGGGCAACUGGCUAGACCUUCCCGAAGUGGAGAGGGAAGAAUGGGAAGAAGAGGAAAGGAGGAAGAGAAGAGAGGAGAGGAUAGCGGAUGGAGAGGUGGACAGGCCAGACACCCCAGCUCACCCUCUCCGCCUCAGCCGCUCGCAGGAGAUCUGUAGGAAAUUCUCAUUAACCACAAACAUCUUCAAGAAGUUCCUGCGCAGCGUCCGGCCUGACAGGGACAAGCUGCUCAAGGAGAGGCCUGGUUGGAUGGCUCCGGAGCUGCAAGAGAGCGACCUCUUCAAAAGGCCAAAGAAAGUGGCCCCUAAAAGUUCAAAAGGCAGCUUCUACCUGCCCUUCUGGGCAAAUGGACAACAGGGCAAAGGCAGGCCAUGUCCUCAUUUAGCUGAAGCAGAGAGGAACCACCAACACCACUUCCCCCAGCUCCACCAGCAGCCAUUUGCUGGCAUUUAUUUAGACAGGAGACAGCCAGAGACUGGUCUUGAGAAAAUGCAGCCCUUGUUUGACUACAACACAGCUGUGUGGGUCUGACAGGGAGUUUCGGGGCAACAGACUGCCAGUGAUGCCAAACUGAGUGAGUGACAGGUGCUGGGGGGGUUGGCUGUGCUGGAGGGGGAAUGAAUGAAUGAUUGAAUGAGAAGCUUGGAUACAGUUUUCUUCCAAAAAAUUAACCAAUGAACUUCACGCCCUUAACAAGAUUAUCAGGGCAACAUUUUGUCUGACAAUCCUUAAAACCUAAACCUUGUUUGCUGUGUGUGUGUGUG